AGUCAUCCCUGUUUUGGCCUCUUAACAGGUUACAGGCAUUACUCCUUCUUCGCUACUAUUAAAGCUGAUGAACAAGGUAAUCAGAAGGCUAGUUUGUGAGAAAUGGUUUGUGCUACUGGAGGAUGUGAAUUCUUAGCCCAAGUGUGUUGUGUGCUGUCAGUGGAAACCAGAGAAUACGCUGCAUAUUUUGUUGUAUGUUGGUAAAGCUCGCGGUUUACAUCACACAGAAGUAAAAUGCUUUCUGUGAGAACUUCUGCUUCUGAUGCCAGGACUCUUUUGAAGACUUACUUUGCUGCAUGGCUUAAAGGCAGAUGAUGUUUCUUAAUGAAUUCUGAGCAUCCUUCGGGAGACCGGUGACCCUUCUGUCAUUGGUGUAUGCUGUUCAUGGACAACUUCAUAUGCUCUUUUCAAAACACCACAAGCAGUUAAUGCACCUUAUAAAGGACUCCUGACCUUUUGCAUCUUCCUAAGUCAUAUCUAGAUGCCACCAGUGUUUCCCAUGUUAACAGUUCUGAGCAUGUUUUACUAUAUGUGCCUUCGGCGCCGAGCUAGGACAGCGACGAGAGGAGAAAUGAACAGUCGGAGGGCGAUUGAAUCAAACACCCGAGCCUUACCUAUCAAUGUUGAAAUAGUUCAGUAUGCCAAAGAAGUGUUGGAUUUCAGCUCUCACUAUGGCAGUGAAAACAGCAUGUCGUAUACCAUGUGGAAUUUAGCGGGUAUUCCAAACGUGUACCCUAGUUCUGGUGACUUUACUCAGACUGCUGUCUUUCGAACUUACGGGACCUGGUGGGAUCGCUGCCCCAGCGCUCGGCUGCCGUUCAAGAGGACACCAUCCACCUUCUGUAGCCAAGACUACGUGGAACUUGCUUUUGAAGAACCGGUUUAUCCCACUGCAGUGCACAUUCUGGAAACCUAUCAUCCUGGAGCUGUAGUCAGGAUUUUAGCAUGCUCUGCAAAUCCUUACUCUCAAAAUCCACCAGCUGAAGUGAGAUGGGAAGUACUUUGGUCUGAGGCACCUACAAAGGUGAAUGGUCCUCAGGCUCGGCAGUUCACACCUUGUAUCAAACAGAUAAACUUUCCCACAAACCUAAUCCGACUGGAAGUGAACAGCUCUCUUCUGGACUACUACACUGAAUUGGAUGCAGUAGUGCUGCAUGGUGUGAAAGAGAGACCCGUGCUUUCACUAAAGACUUCAAUGAUUGAUAUGAAUGAUAUAGAUGAAGAUGAGGAUGAAGAGAAGUAUGGCUGUGGAAUGGACACCCUUAAUAAACAGUUCAGCAUCGUUACCCUCAGGGAAUGGCCGACCAACGGAUAUUUUGAUAAACUGCCUUACGAGCUCAUCCAGUUGAUUUUGAGUCACCUUACAGUACCAGACCUGUGUAGACUAGCACAAACUUGUAAGCUGCUCUAUCAACAUUGCUGUGAUCCUCUACAGUACAUUCAUCUCAGUUUACAACCUUACUGGGCAAGGAUUAAUGACACAUCUCUGGAAUACCUACAGUCUCGCUGCACUCUCAUCCAAUGGCUGAAUUUAUCUUGGACUGGAAACAGGGGAGCCAUCUCUGUUUCUGGAUUUAGCAGGUUCUUGAAAGUUUGUGGCUCUGAACUAGUACGUCUUGAAUUGUCUUGUGGCCAUUUCCUCAAUGAGACGUGCUUGGAGGUCAUCACUGAAAUGUGUCCAAAUCUUCAGGAAUUAAAUCUCUCAUCAUGUGAUAAAAUACCACCUCAGGCUUUCAACCAUAUAGCCAAAGUAGGCAGCCUAAAGCGUCUCAUUCUCUACAGAACGAAAGUGGAGCAAACAGCCCUGCUGAGUAUUUUGAACUUCUGCUCGGAGCUGCAGCACCUCAGCCUGGGCAGCUGCGUCAUGAUUGAAGAUUAUGACCUUAUAGCAAGCAUGAUGGGAGCAAAAUGCAAAAAGCUUCGCAGUCUGGAUUUGUGGAGAUGUAAAAACAUAACUGAAAGUGGAAUCGCGGAAUUGGCUUCAGGCUGCCAGCUUUUGGAAGAACUUGAUCUUGGUUGGUGCCCUACGUUACAGAGCAGCACAGGCUGCUUCACGAACCUUGCACGUAAACUCCCAAACUUGCAAAAACUCUUCCUUACGGCCAACAGGUCUGUGUGUGACACAGACAUCGAGGAGCUUGCUGCUAACUGCACACAUUUGCGGCAGCUGGAUAUAUUGGGGACAAGGAUGGUGAGCCCCUCAUCUUUAAGAAAAUUGCUGGAAUCUUGUAAAGAUCUUUCUUUACUCGACGUGUCCUUCUGUUCACAGAUCGAUAAUAGAGUUGUGCUAGAACUGAAUGCCAGCUUUCCUAAUGUGUUCAUAAAAAAGAGUUUCACCCAGUGACUCCCUACAUAUGCUACUGUGGAACUCAUUUGACAGAGUUGUUUCCUGUAAAUUUGUGUUGACAUUUUUAAAGAAGAAUAUAAGUCUGCUGUGAAAUAGUAGAAACUAUUAGUUACCUAUACAAAUGGGUAAAAUACAUUAAUAUGUAUUAUGUUUCUUAAAGAGUUGAUAUUGUACCUAAGAAUUAUUUUGCUCUGUGUUAAUUGGUAACACUGCAUGUUUUUAAAUACCAGCCAUAUGUUUGGCUUUAAUGAAAAGCAAAUGAAUGUCUUCUUAAAUGUCCCUUCAUAGGGUAUUACACACAGUAAACCAUGUUAAUAUCCAGGUGAAAGCAAAUGUUCAAUAUUGAGCAGUAAGGAAAAUAUGGGUGCUUCCUUUUUAUGUAUUUGUGUGUGUAUAUAUAAAUUUAUACAGAUGUAUUUGUAUAUACAUACACAGAUAUUGUAGCAUUCUAGUUUGGCCUGCAGCAUAAGAUGCUAUGAUCUGGCCUAUAAUUAGUUAUUUAAAAACCUGUUUAAGUUUGUAUAAGAACAGGUCAAAAAGGCACUUUGUCCUCUUCAGUUGUUUGGCAGUGAUCUGUAUCUGAUACAAUUUUUCUCCCGUCCUCCACCUGAAAUAAAUGUAGUGAUGUUUUACAGUCCAGCCUAAGCAACAGAGCAGAUAAAUGCAAGAACCUGAACCACCUGAACUUAGAGCAGAAGCAAAAGAGAAAAUUGCCAUCUGCUUCUUGGGAUUGAGAUACAAAGUUUGAGCCAGGUACCUAAUGUUGUAGCUGGUAGUGUGUAGAAAACUCCAGUGCAGUUUUCUUUUUCAGAUUUCUGACGUGGUCAAGAUUUGAUUUGUGAUACAUCUGAUUAUUGUGCAGAGUACCACGAAAAGUAGAACUUAGGGUAAUGCAUUAGCAACCGUCCCUUACACUGGCAUCAAAUUUACUAUCAAGUGUGAAAACAAGCAUCUUUUUUCAGUAAAACAGCAAUGAAAAUAUAAUGCGUUUGAAAUAGGCAGUGUUGAUCUGGUGAUUUUUUAAUCGCCAAACCUUAGUAUUGAAUUUGUUUUGUUUGAGGUUUUCUGUUUUGUUUUGUUUUUUGAAGAGAUGGUAGCUCAAAGUACUAUUGCACUCUCUCUUUAGCACUGCUUAGCCUCUGGAGAAGGAAAACUGUGUUGAUGGACAAUUUCUGGAGGUUUCUUCUUUUUGCACUCUCUUGGAUGAAGUUUUUCUUUUUUUUUUUCUUUGAAUACCACCACUAGAAUAUGUCACUAUGUACAGCUUGAGUUUAAAAUUUUACGUUUUUAGCCAUUAUUGAUGAAUAUGGACCAUGAAAUAUAGCCUGUCAUUUGAUCUUGGCUCUAUUAUCCUUGUAUUGAUGGCACUUAUUACCUAUUGGACUAAGAAGAAAAAUACUUUGUCUGGCAGAAGUACAUUACUGUACCGAAGAUCAGUGGCAAAGAACACUUCAUUCAUGCAGUAAAUAACCAAACUGCUACUAGAGGACUGCUACGAAUCAUUAAAAAUCUGACAAUCUCUCUGACUCCUGAAUGACUGCUUUGAACUCUUUGUGUUGGUGCCAGUGGUGUUUAUAAACCGUGUCAUGAAACAGCUACAGAACAUUUAUCUGAUUUUAUUGAAAGACCUAUUUCUUCAGAUUUUUAAAUUUUGCUGAAUCUUUGGGGAAUUCCAGAUCCAAAGAAGGACAUGCACAGUUGGCUUUUUGAUUUUUUCCUCCCCACAGAUGGCACUAUGGGAUUUCCAACUAGAUUAUACCAUUCCAUUUUUUUUCCUUUAGAAAUCUGGGCAUUGUCAGAGAACUUCAGAUUGCUUUACUUUUCUUCCGCACUGAAAGAUGUCAACUUUGGUGUGACUCUGUGUGAGACCUCAUUUCUUUCAAUUAUGUUUGGGUUCAUUUAUUGUUCUUGGAACUUUUAAACGUUUUUUAAUCUAUAGGUAAUAUUUUUCAUUGGAAUUGAGUAUUAAAUGUUAUUAUUCUAGUUAUAGGAGAACACAGGUUUAGAUAAUGGGAGUUUACAAAGAACAGAAAUGUUUUUGUUGUAAAAUUUCUCUUCUCAGGGGUGCAUCUGUGUUUAUCUCCUUUUUUUCUGAAGAGAUCCUUUUUGUUUGUUUUUCACUGUAAAUAGAAUGGGGUUUGGAUGAAGUGAUAGCCAUUGUGCCUUCAAACUGGUUAACUUGGUAGAUAAUACAGUUUAAAUUCUAUGGCAUCAGUGAAUCAAAUAAGUGGUUUUGUAAUCAUGUAAAGAAUUUAAUUCUCUGUUGCUUUUUAGGUAGCGUAAAGGAGGUUUAAAUUGACAUUUUAUUCAUACUGAAGGAUUUUCUGGUUUUCAUGUUGCAUUGUUUCUUUCAGGAAUUCUCUGUUGUCAGUUGAAAGAUAAAUUGAAAUCAACUUUAUAUUUGGACUGUUUAAAACUUAGUUUUUGCCAACAUAUAAUUAAUUCAAACAGCAGAGAAAUGAUUGGGAGCGACUUCCAUCUGUAGUUCUAGACUUCAACCUUCAAUCAGAGAGUAGGAAGCUCUUUUAGCUAUGGCCUUAUAAGUCCCAAGAAGUCUUCCAGCAACGAGGAGAUAGACCAGACUUGAAAUUUGUGGUACUUACAGGAUAAAGAAAACAACAUACUUUUAAGACCUUCCUUAUAUGUCACAAAGAAGCAAGAACAGAUCACUGUCUUUUUAGUUUCACUAUUUUAUACUUAAGUGCGUCUAUCUAUUUAUACAUAUGUAUGCAUAAAUUAUAUAUAUACACUCAUAUGUUUGUGUGUAUAUAUGAAUUUUUUGGAUGUGUGUACAUACUUAAACAUAUAUGUAUAAAUCUCAAAGUUUGUCAUUCAGGAAUUACUUUUGUGAAGUGUAAUGGCAAAAAAAUGUUUCAUAGCAAUUCUACUCUCAGCUGUUGUUUUACUGUACCUGGAGACUGAAUUCCUCUCCACCCAUGCAGCAGAAAAAGCCUGGGCAAGAGAUGUGCUGGAUUUCUUAUGUUGCUUUGCCAAAGUGCCUUUUGGUUUGUCUACACAUGAAAGGUAUUUACAGGGUAUGAAGAGUGUGAAUGCAAAGUCCGGUAACUACUGUGGACUGUCUCCUUGUGAAGCAGUCAUAUAGCAGGAAAUUUAUAAUCUAGUUUCAUUUAAUCCAAAAUGAAUUAUGGCAAUUCCUCCAUUGGAGGAAUUUAAUUAUUCUUGAAUUGUAUUGUCAUCUCCAUCACUAGACUGUCCCUCAGUCACGUUAUAUAAAUUUUGCUUCUAAGGAUAUUCCUUUUGUUUAAUCUUGUCCUUUGAUCUCGUCUGUCUUUCUGAAGCUUUGUAAAAGAUGUGCUUUGGCAACAAAUGUUAAAAAACCAUGGCUAACAUGUCCAAAAAAAGAGGUUUGCUCUGAACUGCCCCUGCCCUUACACUAGAAGGGGGCUUCCAUACCAUUUAGGAAGUUGAUGUGGGAUGGCAUGUAGGUAAAUGCGUCAUUCCUUUGGUAAUUUUAAAAACCAGUAUGAUACCUUUAUUGUUUAAAGCCUCUUCAAGUGUACUUACUUGUAUUCAUAAUUCUGAGCUGUCUGGCUACAUAGCUCUAUUGAAAUGGAUGGGAUUUCUGCUCUUUAAAUUAUACACCUGAUUAAGUACAGUAAUGAGCACGACUUAUAUAGAACAGUUUGGACCUUAUAAUCCCCAUGUACUUGGAGGUCCAAAUUGCAGACCAAAAAACCCCUAACCAACCAACUAAGAAAACCCACUAAAAAACUGGCAUUUUCUGUCUGGUUCUUUCAUUAGAGCUCUUACAGUAACUUUUCCAGAUACAUAAUGUCCCGUAAUCAUGGUACACGGUGAGUAGAAUUCAUCUCUCUGAAAGUUAGGCAACUCCUUCAAGGGAGGAAUCUGGGCACCCCUAGAGAGUUAUUAAUCACCUCCUAAGAUAGAUAUUUAAGGAAAGUAGAAUGAAUCAUGUUCUGGAGAGCCUCUCUGGAGACUGUGGAAGCUGUGAUUUAGCUCAGGUUAGCUACUAAACUGAGAUUAAUUCUAUCCAGUGCUGUACUACCUGUCUUGAAAAACAAGACUGAAACAACAUCCAUCCCCAAACUUUAAAACCUUUCAAAUUCCAUCCAGAAAGAAGCAAAUUAAAGAAAUUCUGACAACUUGAGAAGUUUCUAAAUGCCAGAAUCUUCUUCUGCCCCUUGCCAAUGCCUGUGGUACAUGUUUUGGCUUUUUUUUGGUCGGGUUUUGUUUCUUUUUUUUUUUAAGAAAUGCAUCCCCUUUCCUACUUUUGAAAUUUCAUGUAUCUAACUGUCUAUAUGUAUAGUUCUGUAAAUGCAUGAAAGUAACAGGCAAAUGUAAUUGAUAUAUUGCCACUAUUUUGGUAAUCUUUCAUAUUGCUAUAAUUAAGACUGAGGAGUUUAAUUGCUCUACUGUCAUCAGAAAUGUUACCUACUGUGCAUUUGCAAAAAUUGUGUGUAGAGUCCUGCUUCUUACUGUGUGUACUUAUUGCGUCUUAUGGGAUAUAUUUCCCAUUUAUAUCUGCAGGACUAUUAAAUUUUUAAAAACUAGAUAAAAUGUAGCAUUUUAUUAUGAGAACUAUGGGAGCGACUUUAUAUAUAUUGAUUUAUAUGUUCAUUAUUCAUCUUUCACAAUGGUUCCAUAAGUUGUAGCUUUGAAAUUACUUAAAGAAUCCUGGUUUAGUGCAUCUGAAUUUGCUGUAUUAGACAUGAAGGCGUUUGUCCUUCACUGAGGUGAUGAUUUCUGUGAUUUUUAGAUUUCUGACUUGAAAUGAAAUACUAGAAGGUGCUCUUUAUUAAAUAUUACCAGGCGUGGGACAAAUUGUGGUAACUGACAUUAGGAAGGGCUGAGAAGUGAGUCUUGUGUGUUACAGAUCCUCAUGAGCUUCAAAGAAGGGCAGCAGCAGUAGGUGUCUCUUUUUAAGAAGAUUCAACUUCCGUACUAGCAGGCAGUGGUGAGAUUAUAUAGCUAUGGUUUCUCCCUGUCUUGUUUUCAUUUAAGAAUGAUAAAUGGCACAGUUGGGAGAGAUGUCCUAAAUUGAAAGGAAUCCAUUGUGAGGAAUUAAGUUUUUCUCUGGCAUGUUUUGUUCACCUUUUCUAAAAAUAAACAAAUAAAAAUACCCUCAACUAUUUGAAAACUCAUUUUCAUUGGUUACUGAAGUGAUGCAAAUGUCAAGAAAGUUGAGAAACGAAAGAAAGGUUUAUCUGGAAACUAGUGGAAGAGUGGCCAGAGCUAUUUAUAGAUGUGAGGAAAGUAAGUGCCUUGCUCCAGAUCAGCUGUUAUCUUUCCCAGAAACGUAGCUUCCCACAUAGUAUCACAUGCUCAUACUUUUAAGUCAAGAUCUAGCAUUUCGAGGCUCUUAUAUUGACCUUUCGUGUACAUAUUUGUGCAGUAAUUCAUGAUGUCUCUUCAUUUUUAUGAACUACAUAAAAAUAUUUUUUCUUUGCCUACCACUGCCCAGCCACAUUUUUUGUUAGAAUCUGAGAUUAUUUUUUGCGUGUACACCCAGGUGCUUAAUUGCUUAGGUUUUUUGCUAUUGGUCCUUUUCUAAUGACAAAUAAACUGCAGUUUGGAUGUAAAAAUGUUAAAAGUGAAGGCUCUAGAGAAGAGAAGGCCCAGGGGAAAUCUGAUGAAUAUGUGGGAAUACCUGAUGGAGGGCAGGGAAUGAAGAAGAGACAGCCAGAUUCUUCUCAGUGAUGCCCGUGCACAGGACAAGAGGCAUUGGGCACAAACUGAAAUACAGAAGUCUCUAACUUAACACAAGAUGACACAUUUUAUGCUAAGGGUAACCAGGCCUUGGCACAGGUUGCCCACUGAGGCUGUGGAGUCUCCAUCUUUGGAUAUACUCAUCAUCCUGGCAACUGACUCUAGGUGGCCCUGCUUGAGCAGUUGGAGGCUGGACUAGUUGACCUCCAGAGGUCCCUUUCCAACCUCAUCCAUUCUGUCAUUCUGUGAUUCGAGACAUGCCCUGCAGUUGUUUUGUUUGCUUCAGUGUACUGAUUCCUGAAGAAGGCAGAGAGAAGGGGGAAAAGGAAGAAUAGAUAUCUUAAGGAACUUGUGAUGUUGAGAACAGCGACAAGAAUCUUAUUAAUUUCCUUUUUUGUUAUUUUAAGACAAGUAACAUUUUUCACUGUUUAAGGAAAAUCUAAAUGUGACUUACUGAAGUAAAAUUUUGCUAUUGUUUUCAACAUGCAGUUCUGUAACAUACAAAACACACAAUUAGUUUACAGGAGUGUGAUCACUCCAAAGUCUGAAAGCUACACCAAGGACUAAGACAAAUAACCCUAUUCUCGGGUACUGACAAUAGUUUCUGUUUAGAAACUGAGUUUAUGUAAUACAUUAGUAACAGUUUAGUCUGAAUAUCUUUAGUAUUUGUUUAUAUGUAUUUGUUUAUAUAUAUUACCAUGGUGUAGGUGCCAGUUAUUCCUGCUUACUCUAUUGCAAACUGAGUACAGCAGUUAACUGUUCAUAGUGUUAAACAUUAACGUUUAAAUUCAGGUGAAAAAGAGGAUCAAGUUUAUGAAACACUGAGCUGUCUGAGUCGUUUUAGGGAGAUACUGGGUAUAACUCUGGUGAAUUUCCAUCUUUUGUGUAUUUAUUUAUUAUUUUACCAUUGCCAAGAGCUGCUGGGUAGUACAGCCCUCUGCUCACCAUCAGAGAUGGGUUCCUUCUGUCAUGCCUUGGUUGCUCUAGAUUUAUUUUCUUCACAGCAGUGCCACAGAUAAACUGUUCUGAAAGUAAUAGAGGUGAAUUAAAAAUACCUGGUUUGGUUGUGAUUUGGAAACUAAUGGCUAGUCUAUACUUAAAGUUGUUUUGGAAAAGUUACUGAAAGUGAAUUAAGACAACCAUGAAUUGAUGUGUUCACAGGGGGACCUUGCACCUUCUGAUUUAACUUUUGCCUACAAUUACAGCUGCCCCUGAGCCAUCUUAGUGAAAUCUGUGUGAUGGUGAUCAUUCUGAAUCUACCUAGUGAGCAUAAAGCCACUGCAGUUCUUUAGCAUCUUGUUGUGUUUUGCAUUCAUGUCCUUACCAGGCAGAUAAUGGAGUUGGGGGUUGUGGAGGUUGACCUGAUGUUUGUAAGUGAGGUGCUUCAGUUGCCUGGGGAAAUUCCCUGCUCACAUUUAUUUCUGUGUGUGAAUGAGAAGGAAUGGUGUCUCCAGACCUUCAAAUUUAAAUACCUAAACCCAGCACCUGUGCUAAUUUAAAAAUAGUAGGUCUCUCCCUGCUCCCCAUCAAUUAACCAGCAACAAAAUACUUGCAUUGUAUUUAUGAUUUAAUAGUAUGCUCCAUUUUCUGCCACAAUAGGAGUUUGAGUAAUGUAACAGGAAACUCCUACUGUGUUACCUUUUAAAGAGACUAAUUACUAUAAAAGGUGAAAGAGCAGCAAUAGAGGGAAUAGUUCUGGACACUGUUUGUAAAUAACUGUGCUGUGCAUGCUAUGCCAGUAAGCACCAGAAACAAAUUAUGCCUUUUUGUAAUAAGAAGUUGAGAAGGACAAAAGGGAUAAUUGCCUCUAAGCACAUUUUCUGUAGCUGGAGGAUAUUUAUAUAAUUGAAUUUUAAAUAUCCAGAGUAGG